AAAUCUUUGACGUGCUGUUAUUAAAAUCUAAUAAUAUAUUAUCUGAUAUGAGAAAUAAACACAUUUAUCUAAAAACAUUAUUAAUUUUAUUCGCUUUUAUUUUACAAAAUGGUUCAAUGGUUAGAGCACAACUCGAACCUUUUGCAAAACUUUGGGGAGUAGAAAAUGAAAAAGUACCAGAGCUAUUAGACAGAGAGGCAAAAUUAAUUAAGAUAGACGGUAAAUUACAACCGUUAUUAAAUAAUUCAUAUUUUGGAGGAACAUAUAUAGAUGUAAAAGCAAAUAAAAUAAACAUCAAUACUGUAGACCAAUCUAAGGUUAAAGAAUAUGAACUUGAAGCUAAUAAUGUUGUUAUAUAUUUAAAAGAUAAGAAUGAUCCAAAGAACAAGGAGUUUAUUAAUGGAAAAGAGACAACAAAUCAAUCCAAUGGAUUUGGUGGAGAUCGAAUUUUCACUUUGUAUGAAGAGUUGUAG